AUGGCUAGCACCGUAGGAAAGACCAUCACUUGCAAGGCUGCCAUUGCCUGGGCUGCCGGUGAGCCUCUGUCCGUUGAGGAUGUCGAGGUCGCUCCCCCCAAGGCCCACGAGGUCCGCAUUCAGAUUCACCACACUGGUGUCUGCCACACCGAUGCCUACACUCUCUCCGGUAAGGACCCGGAGGGUGCUUUCCCUAUCGUCCUGGGUCACGAGGGUGCCGGUAUCGUCGAGUCGGUCGGCGAGGGUGUGACCUCCGUCAAGCCCGGUGACUACGUUAUUGCUCUCUACACCCCCGAGUGCCGUGAGUGCAAGUUCUGCAAGUCCGGCAAGACCAACCUCUGUGGCAAGAUCCGUGCUACCCAGGGUAGGGGUGUCAUGCCUGACGGCACCUCCCGCUUCAAGGCCCGCGGCAAGGACAUCCUCCACUUCAUGGGUACCUCCACCUUCUCCCAGUACACCGUCGUCGCCGAUAUCUCCGUCGUCGCUGUGACCCCCAAGAUCGCCACUGACCGCGCCUGUCUGUUGGGCUGUGGUAUCACCACCGGUUACGGUGCGGCCGUCGAGACCGCCAAGGUCGAGGAGGGCUCCAACGUGGCCGUCUUCGGUGUCGGCUGUGUCGGUCUGUCCGUUGUCCAGGGUGCUGUCAAGAACAAGGCUGGCAUGAUCAUUGCUGUCGACGUUAACGAUGGCAAGGAGGCUUGGGCUCGCAAGUUUGGUGCUACCCACUUCGUCAACCCUACCAAGCUCCAGGGUAAGACUAUCCAGGAGCACCUGAUUGAGAUGACCGAUGGUGGUUGCGACUACACCUUUGACUGCACUGGUAACGUCGGUGUUAUGCGUGCUGCCCUCGAGGCCUGCCACAAGGGCUGGGGUGAGAGUAUCGUUAUUGGUGUUGCUGCUGCUGGCCAGGAGAUCUCCACUCGUCCAUUCCAAUUGGUUACCGGUCGUGUGUGGAAGGGCUGUGCCUUUGGUGGUAUCAAGGGUCGCACCCAACUGCCCGGUCUCGUGGAUGACUACCUGAACGGCAAACUCAAGGUGGACGAGUUUAUCACCCACCGUGAGCCCCUGUCGGCCAUCAACACUGCCUUUGAGCAGAUGAAGGCUGGAGACUGCGUUCGCUGCGUGGUGGAUAUGAAAUAG